AAAGAAAAGCUAACGAAAAUCUCGUAAUUGCAACAGUCAAGGUAAAUGAGUAGGAAUAAUAAAACAAAUGGAAUAAACUAGCGCAUUUGACAACGCUGAAUGGCAAAAAUACAAGUGAAGGCGAAAUCACUUCACAUUUAAAAGCGGAAACGGAAACUCAAUCAAUGCGUUACAAAAGUAUGCUGCAAGCGCUUAAAAUAAGCAACUUAAGUAGAAGUUAAAGUAGCGAAAAACAAAAACAAAUAAAUAAAAGAGAAAAAUAAUGCUAAAGACAAAAUAAAAAAUAACAAAAAAAUAACAAAAAAUAACAGAAAAAGCUAAAGUUGUAACAAGACGUGGCAAGCAAAUCAGAGUUGCAGAAAAAGAUUGAAAAUCACUCAGCUUGCUGUUGUUGUUGUUUUUGUUAAGCAAAGGCGGUGUAGGUGCACAGCACUCAGUAGACUAAGUGUGGCAAAGUAAGAUGCAAGUGGGAGCAACAAAAGCGCAACGGAAGUGGAAACGGUAAAAAGUGCAGCGCAACGAAACGAAGAUCAAAAGCAACAACAAAAAAAAGUAGAAAUAAAUAAAAACAAAGAGCUACGAAAUAAUUGAUACUAAAAAAUCAUCAAAAAAAUAAAGAAAUAACGAAGAAGGUAGAAAUUUCAGAAAAAAAUACGUCUUCAGCAGGAAUUAAACUAUAAAACAAAAUACAUUUUCGCCGCCAACAACAACGAGCGCGUAAUUUGUAACGUAUUUCCGGUAUUGUAAGCAAAACAAGCAAAGCGCAAAAGCUUUGCAGCGAGCGCGGGCGACGGUGAGCGUGGCAGCGGGGAUUCGUGCAAAAUAAUUGCAGCGAAAAGUUUAAGCGUAAACUGGAACAACAGAAUAAAUGGUAAUAAAUAAGUGAAGAAAACAGAAAUAAGAAAGGAAAUACAAAAAAAAAAAAAAAUAAAAAUAAAUAAAAAAUUCUCAAAAAAAAGUUAAGAGAAAACUCUUUAAACUUAUAGCUUUUUAUAAAUUGUUAAAAAAAUAAAACGCAAAAUAAAUGCUUAAGAAGAUCAAGCAAGAACAAUUUGAGAAAGUUUAUUCUACGCUUUCUACACAGAUUGCUGUGUUUCGUACACUUUCCUACUUUUCAAGCACAAAAAUCGAAUCAGGCGAUACAAGCGGGAAGCAGCAUUUUUAGGCGAGCGAAUAAGAAUAAGAAAUAUCCAGAGAAACGCUCGCAUUUAUUUUUUACACUUAUUGUUGUUGUUUUAUUUUUCUGUGCGUGUGAAAUCUCGAGCGAGCAUCGGUUGUUGCAUAAACUGCAGCAUUUGAACAGUGAAGUGUUUGUGUCGAAAGUCGUAAAAAAUAUACAAAAGAAGAGUGUCGAGUACUGUCUUCAGUGAGGCGUGUUGCUGCUGUUGCUUGUUGAGCGCAUCUUUAAACGUAACAGGCACUGAGGGGAAUUGCGUGACUACGCAGGUGUAUUUUUGGUGCAAGCAUUCGCCGCUGCUGUUGUUGUUGUGUACAAGUACUCUACAAAGAUGUCAGCAUAAUUUUCGCGUUUCAGCAAAAUAAUUGGGGGCAUAAAGUGACCGUGCGCCGGUGACAGCUGCUGCGAAAAGUAAAAAAUUCUCGCUGAUAGUUUUUGCAUAAAAUAACAAAAUAAAAAAAUCGCGUUUUUCGGUUUUCGGUAAUUUAACGGUACAUUGUGGUUAGCUUAAAUACGGUUUCGGUUGCGCGUUUAAUUUCUACGGUUCUACGCGUUGUUUACGGUUAAGAAAAAAAAUAAAUUUUGCAACAAUUGCAAUACUUGUGUAACGUAUUUUGCAAUUUAAACGGUAAAAAUAAACAGACGACCAAAUGUUGGCCUUUCAUAACGAGCACAUUGCAAGUUGUGCCUUUUUAACUUACUUUAGCCCGGAGAGCACAACGACGGCUGCUAAUUCGCCAACAACGCCACAAGCAGCUGUGCUCAAUGAUAAAACGGCCUUAACUGGGAUGAACCGUGCUUUACAGCUCAAGCCAGCUGAAAGUGAAAGUCGAAGCGAGCAUUUAGAUCGCAAACUAUUCGUUGGUAUGCUAAGCAAACAACAAACCGAAGAGGAUGUUAGACAAAUAUUCAGCCCUUUUGGCAGCAUAGAAGAGUGCACCAUAUUGCGUGGUCCGGAAGGCGCCAGCAAAGGUUGUGCUUUCGUCAAAUUUAGUUCGCAGCAGGAGGCCCAGUCCGCCAUAACCAAUUUACACGGAAGUCAAACUAUGCCGGGUGCUUCCUCCAGUCUUGUUGUGAAAUUUGCCGAUACUGAGAAGGAACGACAGAUACGACGUAUGCAACAAAUGGCGGGUCAUAUGAAUUUACUUAAUCCCUUUGUCUUUAAUCAAUUUGGACCAUAUGGAGCUUAUGCGCAGCAACAGCAAGCCGCUUUAAUGGCCGCCGCUGCCACUGCACCCGGCUCGUAUAUGAAUCCGAUGGCCGCGUUGGCAACGCAAAUACCUCAUGGCUUAAAUGGCACCGGUCAGCCAUCGCUGCCCUCACCGACCAUGCCCAAUUUCAAUAUGGGCGCUCAAACGCCAAAUGGACAACCCUCUGCUGCAGCGGCCGCAGCAGCUGCCGCCGCCGCUGAUGGCGUCUUCACGAAUGGCAUUCCGCAGACGGCAUUCCCGGGACAUCCACUCCAUUUAACGAUUCCACCACAAGGUCUGCCAAAUGGUGAUGCUGCCGCCUUACAGCAUGCCUUCACUGGAAUGCCACCAUUUCCAGGAGUUGCCUUUCCCGCCGUUUAUGGACAAUUUCCACAAGCUUUACCACCACCACUCGCGGCGGUUGCACCCACUCAACGUGAAGAUUUUCUGAUGUUCCCAGGAUGUUCGAUUUCGGGACCAGAGGGUUGUAAUCUAUUCAUAUAUCAUUUGCCGCAAGAGUUCGGCGAUGCGGAAUUGAUGCAGAUGUUCCUGCCAUUCGGUAAUGUGAUCAGUUCAAAGGUCUUCAUUGAUCGCGCUACAAAUCAGAGUAAAUGUUUUGGUUUUGUUUCAUUCGAUAAUCCUGCCAGCGCUCAAGCGGCCAUUCAGGCAAUGAAUGGUUUCCAGAUUGGCAUGAAAAGACUGAAAGUUCAACUGAAGCGGCCAAAGGAUGCCAGCCGACCCUAUUAACAAUCGGAGUUCCUUAAAGCGUUACACAACAUUAACAAUUACAAACGAUUACUUCUUUCGAAAAUAUUGAUGAAACAGUAAUUCCAGAAGCAAACAAAAAAAUUAUAUAUACACAAAUAUAUAACAAAAAAAAAUCUAUUACCAAAUAGAACCAAAAAAAUGAAACAAAACUAAACAAGUAAAAGCGCAGCAAGUCAACCUCUAAAUUCAACAACAGUCAGCAGCAAAAGAGAAGGAGCAAGCAAAGCAGUAAUGUAGUCAAUAGAUUCCAAAUAACUGAAUUGAAAUAAUGAACCCGCAAAAUAAAUUCACUACAUAACAUAUGUGCAAGUUUACAAUAAUGUAUAUCCCAGUGAAAGCCCAUAGAAAAUAAACAACAUGCAAAAUUAACUAGGUCAGCGAACAGUUUAUCAACCAAGAGCAAUGCCAUCAAAGCAGUUAAAAUGUCUUACCCGAUGAUGUAAAUCCAGCUUCCUAUCAACUAACCAGGCAAACCGAUCCAAAACCAAAAGAACACAAGCUUUUACCGUAGCUCAGCAACAAACACGAGCAAAGAAGCAUAAAAGUGGAAUUCAAUUUUUUCGAAACGUCAAUGAAAAACAACAACAACAUGCCGAUAAAGUGUGUACUAAAUAAUGUUAUUAAAAAAAUUUAAACCAAAAAAAAAAGAAAUAUACAUUUAUGUAUAUGCAAAAAUCCAAAAAAAAUAUAUAUAUAUAUAUAUUAUUAUCACAAAAUUUAGAAGAACUGAAAUACCGCUAACGAAAAUGCGUGUACGAGUAGUAAAUAGCGAAUAAAGUGGAUGUCAAAGAGAAGUUGAACAAUUUUUGCCAAACCAAAAAACAAAAAUAAGCAUACAAAAAAAAAUAAUAUCGUAGUUAUUAUAUACAACACACGCAUAUACAUUAUACACACAUAUAUAUAUCUAUAUAUAUAUAUAUACAUACAUAUAUAUAAAUAUAUUUAUUAAUUAACUUUAUCGCAAGGCAAAACAACCGUAUAAGAACAAACCAAAAUCACAAAAAAGAAUAAGUAAAAAUUUGACUAUUAUUAAACAAAAACAAAUAAAAAAUAUAUAGAUUUCUUUAAAUUUUCAAAAGCAUACAUUUGAAAGUUUACUAAUCAUUUUUUAUGCACACAAACACACUUUAGAGUUUGAUAUUCCAUUCAACUACCAAAACACUUUGCAUACCAUAUGUACCAUAUAUAUACAUAUAUAUAUAUAUAAUUAUUAAAAAAACAUUACAUACAUAACUACAACAAUAGUUGAAUAAAUUAAUUAACUAAUCAAUUACUUAAUUACCACUACAAUUAAUAUUAUCACACACACACACAAAUACAAACAACUACAAACAAAAUGCUGACUGGAAAAUAUGAAUAAAGAACCGAAAAAACUGAACUGUUCUGGGUUUUCAACAAAUACAACAAACAAAUAUAGACAAAAAACAAAGAAAAAAACAAAACUGCAUCAAUAAAUUUAGAGCAAAUACCAAGUACUUAAAAUAAAUAAAAAAAAAACAAAUACAAAACAAAUAAUAAUUUUUAUACAAAAUAUAAAAUUGAAAAAAUCUAAAAAAAAAUAUAAAAUUAUAUACUUCAUUGAAAUAAUGCAAAUUAACGCAUACAAAAAUAAAAUAAUGCGUAAAAAUACAUUAUUAGUAAAACAAAACAAAAAACAAACACACAAGAAUCAUAAUGGGAAUUUAUUAAACUUAGUGAACAAACCAAAAAAAAAAAAACAAAAAAAAAAAACUUAGUAAAGAUACCAGAUAAAAAAAAUUAGCAAGCCAACGUGCGCCAAUAAGAACUAUUUAAAUAAAUAAUAAUUAUUUAAAAUUUAUUACCAAAUACAAAUAGUUUGAAAAUAAUGCGAAGCAAGUAGUGAAAAUCAUCCAAUAUAUAAGCAAGCGCGAAUUUGUAGCAAGACGAGCUGAAGUACAUACAUACAUACAUAUAGUAUUAGAGUAGUAGAAAACGUCGGCAAAAAUUGGGAAAUAUUUUUUCCACAGUUUGUAAUAAAACAAAAACCAAAAAAACAAAAACAAGUUCCAAAAAAACGUUGAGAUUACAAGCCUUAAAGUUCCACAAUAUCAAUUAAAUGACACAGAAGAACUAAACACAAAACAAAUACAAAAACAAAUUGGGCAAAAUAUGUAGGUAUAUGUAUGACAAAGCAGGGCUAACAGCAUGAAGAGUGUAAAAAAUAAGCGCUGAGAGUGAUAGAAAUGGUUUGAGAAAGAAAUAAAUAGCGUGCGAGAUGUCACAACUGAGAGAGCAUAGCAUGAAAAUGAAUGCUUACAUGUGAGAAAAGGAGAGAGCUCUAAAAAUAUUAGAGAGUACAUAGCAUGAAAAUGAAAGCGUAUUAAAAUGCUUGAAAGAAAAAAAGAAAACUCCAAAAAUGUUAGAGAGAGCUUAGCGUAUAAUGAAAGCUUAUAAAAAUGCAUGAGAGAAAAGGUGAAAGCUCUAGAAAUAUUAGUUAAAGUACAGCAUAAAAAUGAAAGCUUUUGAAAAUACAUGAGAGAAAAGGAAAAAGCUUUAGAAUUAUUAGAGGAAGCAUAGCUUAAAAAUAAAGGCUUAUAAAAAUGCAUAAGGAAAAAUUUGAAAGCUUUAGAUUUCUUGAGACGUUAUAGCAAUGUUCCAACAGGUAAUUGACGCAGUCGGUUUGAACUUAUCGAAAGAUUGUGUGCUGUUCACUGAAUGAGUAUGAAUAAUAUAUAAUCGAGCUUUCAGACCACAAGUGAAAGCUCAUACUGGUAGUUGUGCAACUAUUGCGAAAAAAUUUAAAACUUCACAGAUUUGAAACUAGCUUCGAAGUAUAUAAUUUUCUCCUGAGCUUUCAUAUUUGUAAAAAUGUAUACAAUUAUUAGCAAAGCAAACAGAGUGAUUGUUAUCUCACGAGCUUUAAUACCAACAUAUUGAGCAUGAAGCACGACUCUCUCUUGAUCUGUAGAAUGACUCACAAUAUGAUAGCCCUGCAAUAUUAUUCAUACAUACAAAAGCUCUAGUCUGCAGAAACGCUUUUUGAUACAUACAUACAAACACGCGAAAUGAAAAAAGAAAACCAUUUGAGCAAGCGUUACCACACACACACAUACAUGCAUACUUAUAUACAGCUACCUACUACUAAAAAAACACAUACAUAUGUAUUAGGGUGGGCAAAGACGGGCAGCAACCGCGCAAAAAUUGAUUUAGAAAUUAUUACAAAACAAAAACAUAAAACAAAUAUAUAUGAAAAAAUAAAAUGAAUUAAAUUUGUUGAAGUUAAUGUUGAACUUUUGCAACAUAUAAAUAAAAAAAGCUAUAUAGAGCGCUAUAAUGACGACGUGAGCGAACACGAGUUUAAUGUGUGGCAUAAAGUAGUGAAGAUUGCGUUUAAUAAAACAAAGUGGUGUAGACGCAUACAUACAGCAGGAAGUAUGUUGAAUAGUAGUUCAUUGUGUGUAGUAUUGGGAACUAUUUUGGAGGAGUUGAAGAGUAGGAGGAGAAGGAACUUUUUAGCAUUUUAGCUUUUAAGCAACAAAAAAAGCGAAGAAUAAUUGAAAAUCUAACACAAAAAUUCGAAUUUAAUUAAUAUUUAAGUAAAAAGAAAUAAGAAAAAAAGAAAUAAAUAAUUAAUAAAACAAAAAAAAACUAAUUUAAAAAUAUAUAUUAUAACAAAUAUUAUUAUUAUUAUUGAAAGUAAACAAGUGCAGUGAUGAUGAUGAUGACGAUAGUUGGGGGAAAUAUUUAGCAAGUUAGUUUUAAUGUAAAUGAGGCAGAGUUACAAUAGAGGCGUAUUAAAUAAUAAAUGAAAUAAUUAAGCACUUAUGCCACAAAUAAAUAAAUAAUAUUAAUAUGAAGACGUAUUAAAUG